CUCAGAUCAUGAUCUGCAGGCUGGAAUCAAUGGUCGGCAGUCCGAUGAUUCACGAAUCGGCUAAAGGUAACACGGGACUCAGGAGCAAAAUUGAACCUCCUAUCCCAAUACACGAUCUUCAACUCGUCCAUCGUCUUUGACCAUAACUAUGGCUCAUAAAAGAAACGACUCAAACACCACCUCAUCGGCAUCCGCCCUCACUGCGGCUGCGGCUGGAUUCAAAGGAAUAGAACCUGAUAAAGGCCCAACCAUGCAUGGUAAAGCGGUUGGUCCGUGCACUGGUAGGCUCGCAGCACGCCUGAGCCCAGGCCCAGGCCCGGUCGUUAAACAGCGUAAUACUCACGAACUCGAAGAAGGCACCGUUGAACCGCCAGCAAAGAAACGACGGGUAGAACCAGAUCUUUCCAACCUUGACCACCCCGAUAAUAAUUCCCAUCGCCACAUCUCACUCAAUGUACGACGCACCUGCAAUAUUCUCGCAUCUUGGGCCCCUCACGUCCAGGAGGUCAAGCAGCGGUUCAUCAAUCACCUCGGCUGCCCUGAAUUCCCAUACUCUGAGUGGGACAACAUCAUUACUGGUCAGCCCGUCAACCUUGAUGUCGUCCUCUGCGACGUUUAUGCAGGGCCAGAACCCGCGACUGUCACUAAUGCGUCGGAUUGGCUUGCCGCAUGGCGCCGUCUUGCGGAAGCGUAUCGCUUCGCGUUCCCCCAUCGAAAAUCCGAACUUGAUACCUACGGAAUGUACAUAAACACCAUGUUCUCCUCAUACAUCACCGAAUCUCACUCCCAAAUCAUCAACUUCGACAAGGCAAUUCGAAAGCGGGUGGGCUCAUGCCGUAACUUGGAACUCUCCAAUGUCAAAGAAUUCAUGGGUACCCACACCUCUUACUUCUCCCCAUUUGGUCGGAACUACAUUGAAAGCACAAAGGCUGCAUCUAAAGGCAAAGUUUCCGACAAGAAGGAGCUCUGUCGACGUUGGAACACCGGCGCUUGUACAUUUUCCUCUUCAUCGUGCCAUCGCAUCCACGCCUGCAGUGUCCAAGGGUGCAACUCUAGCAACCACCCUGCAUGUGAGCACGAGCAGAGUGGUUGUAGCCCACGACUCUUGUUAUGACGGUCGCCCCAUAAUGGCCCCGCGUCUCCAUCGCCAACUUGUCCGGAUUGACCGACAAGUGGCCAACUGCGCAGCCUUCAUUUUUUGCCAAACAUUACCAUCCUCCCCUGUUUGAUCAUCAUUUCGCCAACCCCUUCAAACAUCGUGAUCUCCUCGCGCCCAAACUCAAAUCAGAUCAAAUCGACAAAUCCAAUACGUAUCUCAGCCUCCUUUCGCCGCUCGCCCCUUCAUAUGCCCCUUCAUCUCCUACAAAUAGCAAACCAACCAAAUUUUCACGAUCAAUAGUCUUCAACAGUCAACAACAUGUUGAUCCACGUAUCGACUUUGGUAACUCUAGCCCAUCAUUUGGAUAUGUUCAUGUGCCUGGUAGUCUUCAAGCAUAAUUUGUAUUAACUGUAACUGCUGUAUUUCCAUUUCAGAAGUGUUCAG